CAAAAGUGUUAAAUAUAUUGGUGUUAGUAGACCUUGUGCAAAAGCAGAGUUAAUUUUACUCUAAGUAGAGUCACUUUCUUUUAAUGUAACUCUGAGGUGUAAAACAUUAGUAGUUAAAAUCGAGUGUUAAAAAUGAGUGUUUCUAUAUUAAAUCUGGAGGUGUCGAAAUGGAAACGUUAACUCUUGACCUCUUAACUCUGAACUCCUAAAGGGGCUAUGACACUAAUAGAGUAAAUUCAUAGACUCCGCCCCCAGCAUCACAGGUUCCGAAUGAAGCUGAAGGGAAGCCAUUUCAGAACAUUUAGCUCUCCAUUUUUCCGAGUUGUUUGCCACGCCUGGAUAUGCUUGCAAAGGUGGAAUAUGGGGGAGUGCAGAAGUAUGUCAAAGUUCCAGAAAGUGAUGAAUGCUUUCAUUUCCACCAGUUUCUUAAAGAUGUUAUGGACAAGUUCAGCUUGCAGCCUCAAUUCUUCACAGAAGGUGUACUCAUCCUCACUGAUACCUCUGACACUGAAGUUGACGCAGACAUUUUUGAUGAGCUGGUAAAGUCUGGAGUUCGAGCUUUCAAAGUUGGAUAUAGAAUGCAGACAGCAACAGGUACAGUAGAUCCAUAAUAAUUUAGAGGAGUACAUUUCUUCAUGAUCUUCAAAGUUUACAUGAAUAUUAGCCAGAUUUAACAACCUUUCAGAUUCCAAUUUUCUUCUUUGAAAAACUGUAAAAUGCUUUUACAUGUUGAGAGCAUAUUACAUGCUGUUAUCAGAUAUAAUUUAUGUGGUUGAACAUUAUUGCAGUUGUUGUGACUUCUCAUAUGCAUUUUGCACAUUUUUUUCAGUGCCUUUUAUGUGCCUUUUUUUUCCCUUUAAGACAUUGAGAUCAGUGUGGUUGACGAUGAAUCAGAGUCAUCGGUACAGCCAAUCCCUCUUGCCCUCCUGACAUCACCAGUUUCAUUGUCAGACCAUCCAUCGUCCCCAGCUUCUACCAGUUCAUCAGAUUCAACUAUGAUCCUCAAAGUACAAAGAACAGGAAGAAGGGCCUACAAGAGCUUGAUCGCGAUGAAGCGAAGCAGAAGGUGUGUAGUGUCCUGAGCUCAAACCCAAAGGGUGAAGAAAUUUUCAAUGAAUACGACAAAACUAAAACACUGUCAGAUCCAACUCGUCGACAAAUGGUCAACAUACUGGUUGCAGAUAUGAUAGAAUCACACGGGAGGAUUCCACCCAUAAGUGUUCGGACUAACUAUACACUGGGGAUUGCAACACUUUUUCCAUAUCUCCAAGAUCCUUACUCAAAAAAUGGCUAUGAACAUUACUAUGAUCCGGAGGCUAAUACUGGCUAUCUUGCUUGGAGACUCAAGACUGUCCAACGCAAUACCUAUGAUGGUGCUAGUGGGUGUCCCAGGCCAAACUUCCAGCACAGUUCAACAACCCGAAGAGAAUCUUUGUUUGUUAGUGGACAGCUUUUUGGUGAGGAGUGCAGAGAGGCUCUGUCUGUUAUUAGACACUCAACAGAUAGGUCUGUGGUUAAAGAGAAGAUGAAAGCUACUUUUGAAUAUAGACAGAAGCUGGUACAUGACCCAGAUGCAACAUCAUCAAUCUUGGCUGUCUUCCCUCGUUUCCUUGAUACACCGGGGUUGAUUGAUCAGGAUUUUGCAAUGAUGCUUGGAGAUGAGGCCUCUGGAAGAUUUCUUACAAAGUGGUCUUCGUAUUUCAAGCAAAAAAUCAUCGCAGAAUGCCAAAGUCUUCCAUCAAGUCCUUGUGUUGAGGAGUUACGAGCAUCUUUUGAUACGGAGGCUUCAAAUGACUGGGGCUGGGAUAGUGACAUGGCAGCUCUUCUGUUGUUGCUGCAUCUCCUGCCCCCAACAUCAAAAGGCCACAAAAAAACAGCAAGAAUUAGCUCUGCACAGGCAGCCAAUCAUCUUGUGAGAUUCAUCAAGGAAGGAGUCAGCCUCACUACUUUCCUGGAGAAAGCUAACACCAGGCAGCCCUUCCUUCUCUGCAUUGGUGAACAAAAGAAGAACAUUCAGAGGUUCUUCAUCGUUGUAGACCAGAAAGCUAUCCCAUGUGAUGCUCCAACUUCAGUGGCUGCUUUUGAUGGGCUUUUCAAAGCACACUUUGUCUUCAGCCUCUCAUAUGAUGAAGCUCUUUCCAGUUUCUACACCUUCAUUCAAACCACAAUCUACAACAUUGAUGUUGGAAACACAAAAGAAAGCCCUCGAGUCAAGGAACUGAGAGCACGUCUGCUGCGAGACCGUUAAAUGCCCGCAAGGUCCACACGCUUUUAGGAGGAUUUAAAAAAAAAAAAAUGUUUGACAAUGUUCAAAUGCUUUGUUUGUAAAAUGCACCACAAAAAUUGUUCAGCUCUUUGUCAACAUUUAAAGUUUCAUCAUGGUUUAUAUCCAAACAAAAAUCUGCGUUUAAAAUGUGGAGAGCAGGGAUGUCUUUCAUCUUUUUGUACUUACAAUGGCUUUAGAAAACAUCUUCAUAAUGUACAUAGUCAUUAUCACGAUAAACAUGUAGGGAUGGAACAGGAAGUUGCCCAACAAACACAUUCUCUAGGAGACUCUUUUAGUGAUCAACCAUCUACUUCUGCAUCUGUAUCACAGGUUCCCACUGUUAUUUCACAGGACUCGCUUGUUGGAAUGUGUGGAUCUAUUGUCGCUCACUUACAAGCUUCUGGUCUUACUGAGAGUGCUGUUCAAACAAUAAUUAGUUCUGUUGAGGAAGUUGUCAGUGAUGUUCAGAGUCAAGCAAGAGAAGUAGUACUCCAAACAUUUUCCCCUGAUAGUAAGGAAUCAGACAUUUACACAAGAGUUGAGCACAAUUUAAACCAAUUAGAUAACCCCUUUUCAAAAUUUAACACUGAGAAAAAAAGACAGAAAUAUUACGAUGAAAAAUGGGAAAUAGUUGAGCCUAAAGAAUUUGUACUUGGUGUAAGAUUGGAUACACGUAGACAUAGAACUACAGGGGUUUAUAGCGAAACACCUGUCAGAGACAAAUACAUGUAUGUGCCCAUUUUAGGUACGAUACAUUCAAUUUUCAAGAAUAAAGACAUUAGAGAAUGCUUCUUGCAUGAGAAACAAACACAAGCUGGGUUAUACAAAGACAUUAAUGAUGGAUUAUAUUUCCAAAACCAUCCUCUGUUUUCACAACAGAAAUAUGCUCUACAGAUUUUACUGUAUUACGAUGAUUUUGAAACUGCUAACCCAUUAGGUUCGAAGAAAGGGAUCCACAAACUGGGCUGUAUUUAUUUCACUAUAAAAAAACCUCCCACCAAAGGUUAACUCUGUGCUGAUGAAUGUACAUCUAGCUGCUCUUUUCUACACAGAAGACUUAAAGAAAUAUGGUUUUGAAGAAAUACUAAAGCCUUUGAUUGAUGACUUGAAAAUUUUAGAAACUAAAGGAAUCCUGCUUCCCUUUACUGAAGAGCCAGUGUUUGGUUCUGUUGUUCAAGUUACAGGAGACAAUCUUGCUUUAAAUGGCUUACUAGGUUUUGUUGAAUCAUUUGGUGCAACAAACUGGUGUAGGUUUUGUUUAGUAAACAAGGAAGGAAUUCGGUCUGUGUUUAAUGAAGACAGUUCGGACAUUGUUCUGCGCUCCAGAGAACUUCAUAUUGAACACUGUAAUGCAUUAAGUGAAGACCCUGCUCUCACUUCCAUUUAUGGAGUUAAAAGAUCUUGUGUGCUCAAUUCAUUGGAAUAGUUUCACAGCACUGACAAUUAUGCAGUUGAUAUAAUGCACGAUUUAUUGGAAGGAGUUGUGCAGUAUGAGCUCAAACUUUUUUUCAAUACAUGAUCAAAAAUGGCUACAUCUCCAUUAGCACAUUACUUGACAGGAUACAGACGUUUAAUUAUGGUUUUGUAGAGCGUAAAAAUAAACCAAGUGGGUUAAAAAUAGACGAUAACAGCAAACACUUAGGUUUAAAUGCCAUUCAGUCAUUAUGUAUCCUACGCAAUACUCCACUAAUUUUUGGAGACAUAGUUGAGCGGGACAAUAGUCACUGGAAUUUUGUUCUCCUGUUGUUGCAAAUUGUUGAUAUUGUGUUGUCCCCAGUCCUUACUGAUGGCAUGAUAUGUUACUUGAAACAUCUGAUCUGUGAUCACCAUAACAUGUUUAAAAACUUGUUCCCUGGUAGAAAAUUAAUUCCUAAACACCACCUAAUGAUUCACUAUCCAAGGUGUAUUAAGAAAAUUGGCCCUCUUAUCCACAUAUGGUGUAUGCGUUUCGAAGCAAAACACAAUUUUUUUUUAAAAGGGCUGUCAAAAAUUUUAAAAACCUUACAAAAUCUCUAGUAAAGCAACAUCAGCGUCAAUUGGCCUUUUACUAUGAAAACUAUUGUUUUAAAAGAUUUCAGUUCGGUCCUUUAAAAUUAAAAAGAGUUGAUAGCAUGGAAGGUGGACAUUUGUUGUGCGAGUCAUUAAAUGUAGAUUCAUGUGUAAAUGUUUCAACUACAAAUUGGGUUAGAAAUUAUGGCACUGAAUACCAGGUUGGUUUGUUUUUAUGCACUGGAAUGUCCAGUGAUCUACCAGUGUUUAAGAAAAUUUGCUAUAUCAUAAUACAUGAACAACAUGCAUUCAUAAUAGGCUGUACUGUCAACACCUUGUACUUUGAUGAACACUUUCAUGCAUACUGCAUUGAAGAAAAAAGUAAUGAGCAUGUUGUUAUUUCAAUUGACCAGCUCAACUAUGUUAGACCCUUUGACAAGCAAUAUUCAAAUGAAAAUGAGAAGAUAUACAUUAUUCCAUAUUGUUACAUGUUUUAAAAAAUGUUUUGAAAAUGUGGUGCAUAUAAAAAUAAAUCUUUUUCAGAAGAACAUUGGCUCUUUUUAAUAU